AUGUGUAGCGUCCACUACAACCACUCCCUUGCUGCCAUGAGCGGAAACGACAUGAUGGCGCACUCUCUGACUCUGGAGCAGAAGACGGCGUUUGCCUUCGUGGGGAUGCUACUGGUGUUCCUGGGGCUGCUGAUAGUAAGGUGUUUCAGGAUCCUGCUGGACCCCUACAGCAGUAUGCCUUCCUCCAACUGGGCUGAUGGCAUCGAGGGGCUAGAGAAAGGGACGUUUGAGUACGCCCUCACUUAACACAGGGACACGCACAUCCAUAGAUGUCCUCGUAAAACAGAAAUGCCUAUAGACACAUACACACGGACACGGAUACACACAUGCAAACACACACACAAGCCCCGCACAACCAUUGCACCUGACACACCAUUAAGACAUCUCUCUG